AUAGCCGCCAACAAUAUUCCACUCUAAAUUCAAAUUUAUUGGCGCAGACGCUCCCAAACCAGCGUGCACAAAUCGCUGCUAUGUGGAUGGAUGGUCUCUGAGACGAGCGAGCGAGACACAAUGGAUCCUCGCCUGUGUGCCUGACAGCUUCUCCUCUUCAACACCACCACACACCGACGCCAACUCGCCCUCAACAACCAAAAACGACAAUCCAGCAAAAGAACGAAAUCCCCGACCCAUACGCCUUCGACCCGAUGCUUCGAUAGGAACCACAACCAAACCUUUGGAGUCUAUCUAUAAGUUAUAUCCCUCCAGGAGGUUACGCGAUCGAGAAAUCGGCUGCAUUUCCCCCCCAGAGCCCGAGGUUCUUCUCAACGCUCUUUCUUUCCUCGUCGCAGUGGGUUGUCCGGCCGGUGACGGACCUGCAAGAGCACAGUGUCUCCCAGCGACUUUCCACAUCCCGAAUUCCCAACAACCCUAUACACCCGGCACGAUGACUGCCCACGAUGCAGCCGGUGAUGCAAGAUUGAUCACGCCUCCCAGCGUACAUGGUGAUGCUCAGUAUAGCGCAGCCGUGCAGCACAAUUCGAUGCAGUCGCCAGUCCCCAAUCCGACCCCGAAGAGCGUCGCAUUCGAACUUCUCGUCCCGGAGAGGCCGCAAUACCGUGCGCGCCUACCAAUGCGAGUCCAAAUAUACCCUCACGAUACUACAGACUCGAUUAUAACGACGGUCAAAAACUUCUAUGGCCUAUACAACGGGUCGGGCGGCCCGACGGGCAUCAUUUUUGAAGACGAGCGAGGCAAUACCCUCAUUGCGCGCUACGAGAACCUUCGAGACAACAUGAACGUCUACGUUCGUGUCAUUGAGGCAUCCCCCCCUCAUGUCUCUCCUACAUACGGGCCGAUGUCAUAUCACUCUGUCUCCCCCACCACGGGCGAACAGGGCCACUACAAUGGCAACAGCCACCACAUGCCUCCACCGCAGCCAGCCCAAGCUCUAAGCUACGGCCAGCCUGCUCCUCGACCAGACUCGAGGGCAUCACGCAAACGAAGCGUCUCCCCGAACUCUGGUCGCGGCCGUCGCAGUGCGUCGGCAAGCGCCAAUCCUCCCAACAAGAAGGCGAGGUCCCAGUCGGGGUACAAGAGUCGAAACUCCAGUGCGCACGGCAGCUUUGCAGAUAUCUAUAGCGAUGGAGUCAACGGCUAUAGUAGCGGCGAUGGUGCUCCUUGCUCUGUAUCCAGCAAGACCAAGAGUGAGCACCUUGGAAACACGGAAAUCAGCCUCGAUAAUAUCGUCGAGGGCGGCAGGCGCAAGCGCGCCAAGUUUGAGAGCUCUGAGCUCCCACUAUUUGCUCCUCCCCAGAUGCCUGCGGCUACAUCGAACUCCUCCGUGUCGCCUGCCAGGCGCAUGGAAAACCAACGGGCAUCUCUGCCAUUCACACGACCAGCACACCACGCAUUCGCACACCCACAAGUCUUGCAGUCUCCACAAAGCUAUAACGGCGGCUUCGCGCAGCCUGGGAUGUACACGACACCCAACAAUGAUGGGCGACGCACCCGAGGUGGCCCUACAUACCCACCCUCGCGAGGGUCUACCAACAUCACGCCCAACGGCAACAGCUCGGGCAUACUCCCAACACCCGAUCCCACGAUCGGCAGCUGCAUGUCUGAAGAAGACAAAGACGUAGCUCUUCAGCUCAUGAGACUCGGCGAUAUGUCGAACAACUCCCACGGCCGAACCUCCGCGUCAACACUCGACGACACCUUCAGCGGCCACGCCGACGCCGCAUCCUCCACCGGAGCCACCAGUGAGUCCGAGAGCGAGAGCGAAAACGAGCUCCCCCCAGCUCGCCGCCAGAAGCUCGAACACAGCCCCAUCCUGCCACCCGGCGCCGUCAAGCGAUUCGGCAAGCACAUGGACGACAACCUGCCCAGCCAAGACAGCGAGAUGAGCGAGGACUACGACGACGGCCGCGACGCAACCUUCAAGCCAGAAGUCUACGACGACAUCCCCAACAACUUCAGUCUCGCCUUUGGCGACAAAGCCCGCGCCCGCUCCCAGGGCCCUAGCAAGCCUCGCGCCAAGUCCGCAAAGCCCAGCAAGACUACUCAGCGCCCUGGCGGCGCCAACGCGACGAAGGUGAAGGUCGCCAAAGCAGCCUCCGUCGUGGGCCGCCAGCCCAUGUCCCCCGCCUCCACCGCGGCCCACUCGCGCAAGACCUCUGUCACGUCCGCCAUCAACUUCCAGCACCAGCUAGGCGAGGAUGAGGAGGACUUAUCCUCCAAACCCCGCUGCCAGCGCUGCCGCAAGAGUAAGAAGGGGUGUGAUCGCCAGCGCCCGUGCCAGCGCUGCAAGGACGCUGGGUUGAGCGCUGAUCAGUGCAUUAGCGAGGAUGAGGGGAAUGGCCGGAAGGGGCGCUAUGGACGCCAUAUGGGCGUCAAGGUGAAGAAGGAUGAGAUGGAGGCCGCGGCGGCGAAUGGGGGUUACCCGCUGGAAAUGGCGAUGAACACCGUGGGGGGGGUUGAUAAGAAUAAGAAGAGGAAGAGAUAGGCGUGUGUUUCUUGCUCGGUCGAUCGAUCGAUCGAUCGAGCAUCUCGGUGCCGCCCUCUCAAGUAUAAGCUUUUAUCGACACUACACCACUACGCUCACACAGCAGCAGCUACUACUAUCUGCUCCAUUUACGCGAGCUCUUUUAUUACUACUUUUUGUUUUCCUUUGCUGUUUGAUUGUACUGGUACCAGGCAGGCGUUAAGGACAACACAUAUCGGGGCUCGGUAGCCCAUAGACACUCAUUUUUUUUGUUUUUCAAAAAACACUCUUAACACACUUUUUAACGACCGGAUGAAAACUACUACACCUUUUUCCUUGUGCUGCUGCUGUGCUGUUGUUUAUUACUCUUUUAGUCUUUCUGUUAUAUCAUUUGCAGGUUGGGAUCUGAGGCGUGGGAUUUGUAUCUUGGUCGCUCAAUGGGUGUGUGUGGGUGGUUGGUACUGGGGUUGAUGGGGGUGGGUAACUCUUGAGGGGUGAUGGGGGUGGGUAACUCUAUUUUUUGGGACAGGG